GCCUUUAUAGAUACUAUAUGGAUAGCCUUUUAUAUGUCGUCUUCUCGAAGUCCAUCGACAACUUCGUCUUCGCCUCUGAAUUCACAAGCUUAAAGAAAGAGACGUAAAUGGCUGGUCCUAGGCUUGCUCAUGCUACCUUGAAGGGACCAAGUGUUGUGAAGGAGAUAAUAAUUGGAAUAGCACUCGGUUUAGCUGCUGGUGGUGUCUGGAAGAUGCAUCAAUGGAAUGAACAGAGAAAAACCAGGGCCUUUUAUGAUUUACUGGAAAGAGGUGAGAUUACUGUUGUUGCAGAGGAAGAGUAAGAAUGUUCUUGCUUGGUGCUAUGCACUUCAUUUAUAGGCUUUUUUCCCCUGCUAUAUUCAAUUGGCUCUUUAUAUGUAAAUGAGCCGCCUUACUCUGAGAUUGAAAAAAAUAAGUUCUUGCACUGAUUGUGGACUAUGUUGGCUUGUAGAAAAUUCAUGAAGUUAAGUUUUAUUUAGUGCUCGAGUUA